GGCCAAACUGACAUCAUCCGAUCCUUCAUCAUGCAUUCAAGGCGUGGUCUCCUUUUUUUUUUUUACUUGCUUUUCAAAGUAACCGUACCGUACGGCAACUGAACUGAACCUCACGCGAGCGAGGGCUCAGGGAGGCAGCGGUCAGCUCUAUCCCCGCCCGGCCGCCCGGCAGCUCGGGCUGGUGAUGCACCCAAGACACGCCGCGCCCCUGGAUUGUGACCUAGCUACGCGGACGACCCCGGUAUCACGCUAACGACGAAGACAAAGGCAAGCUUCAAUUUCUUCUGUCAUUUUGAUUACCUAACUUCUAACCAUGGAGCUCAGCCUUACCAUGAUAAUUUCGGUUUUGGCCGCCUUGCCUUUGAUAAUAUGUUUAGUCCUCAUUUAUUUCAAGGGAAUGGAAUAUGUGAUCGUGAAUCAAAGGUGGAUUUUCGUGUGUUUAUUCCUGCUUCCACUCUCUGCUGUUUACGAUGUUUUCUAUUUCAUCCGCAACUGGGUCGUUUUCAAACUUAGUAGUGCUCCAAAACUUCAUUCUCAACGAGUUCAAGACAUUCAGUCACAGGUGAAGAAAUGGAAAUCGGACCAGAGUGGGCAGCUGAUGUGUACCGGUCGUCCAGGGUGGCAAACUAUCAGUCUAAGGGUUGCCAAGUACAAACAGACCCAUCGCAAGAUCUUCAUCAAUCUGGUUGAUAUCCUCGAAGUGGACACUGAACGUCAGGUCAUGAAGGUAGAGCCCUUGGCCACCAUGGGUCAGAUCACUGCAAUGCUGAACCCUCUUGGCUGGACACUGCCGGUCCUUCCAGAGCUGGACGAUCUCACAGUUGGUGGUUUGAUCAUGGGUGUUGGAAUAGAGAGUUCUUCUCACAAGUAUGGUCUAUUUCAACAUGUCUGCGUCAGCUUUGAACUUGUCUUGGCUGAUGGAAGUGUGGUCCAAUGCUCAGAGGAUAAAAACCCUGAGUUAUUUUACUCUGUUCCAUGGUCAUAUGGAACUAUUGGAUUUCUUGUAUCAGCGGAGAUCAAGAUCGUACCUGCUAAGAAAUUUGUCCGUCUGGAGUACAAGCCUGUGCAUUGUUUUGAUGACGUCUAUAACGUCUUUGCAGAGUGUUCAAAGGAGGCUCAGAAAAAUGAAUUUGUUGAAGGAUUGAUGUACUCUGAGAAUGAAGCUGUUAUAAUGACAGGACAGCUAACAGAUGAUGCCCAACAAGAUAAGAUCAACUCAAUUGGAAACUUCUGGAAGCCCUGGUUUUUCAAGCACGUCGAGGGGUUCCUGAAGUCCGGUCCUGCUGUGGAGUACAUUCCCCUGAGGCACUACUAUCAUCGACACUCUAGGAGUAUCUUCUGGGAAAUUCAGGAUAUUGUGCCGUUUGGAAACCAUCCAAUCUUCCGCUAUCUCCUUGGCUGGUUGACUCCUCCCAAGGUGUCGCUUUUGAAGCUUACUCAAGGUGAGGUCAUCAGAGAACUCUAUGAGAAGAAACAUGUCGUACAGGAUAUGCUGGUGCCUCUGAAAGACAUGAAGAGCUCCCUCAUGUGUUUCCAUGAUGAAAUGAAUAUGUAUCCACUGUGGUUGUGCCCAUUUGUUCUACCAUCUGUACCGGGCAUGGUUCACCCUUCAGGCAACCAGGAAGAACUCUAUGUGGACAUAGGAGCUUACGGCAACCCAAAGAAUCCCGACUUCCAUUUCAGAGACACUACUCGUAAGGUGGAGGAACAUGUCCGCAAAGUCAACGGUUUCCAGAUGCUAUAUGCCGACAGCUACCUGACCCGCGACGAAUUCCGAGAGAUGUUUGAUCAUUCUCUCUACGACAAGCAACGCAAGAAACUCAACUGCGAAGGUGCUUUCCCUGAAGUGUACGACAAGAUCAAUAAAUCCGCUCGCCACUGAUACCCUAUUAGUCAGUCCCCAGUAGAGUAAUGAGUUAAAGGGGAAGUUCACCCUGACAAAAAGUUUACUGCAAAAAUAGCAGAAAAAAUAAUGAAAAAAUAAUGGUGAAGGUUUGAGAAAAAUCCAUCUGAGAAUAAAAAGUUAUUUAAAUUUCAAUUAUUUGAUUUGUGACAUCAUAUGCGAGCAGCUUUCCUACUCAUUGUAUGGUUAAUAAUCAGUGAAUUGUCUUUUCUCAGAUAAUAGAAAUGGUUUUUACUGUACUUUCGGUAUAUCAAUAGACAAAUCAUUUCACACCCCUUCCUAAAAAGAAAACAAAAAUAAGUCACCACAGCCCAUUAAAAAAUUGAAAUUUAUGCAUUUUACAUUACAUAACGUACGGGGCAGAUGCUCAUAUAUGACUUCACAAAUCCCAAACUUAAAAUUCUUAUAACUUUCUUUAUCCUUAAUGGAUCUUCCUCAAACUUUCACCAAUAUUUUUUCUGCUAUUUUUACAACAAAAUUUUUCUUCAGGGGAAACUUCCCCUUUAAACCAGGGGGUGUCUCACAAAGAGCUUGGAAUGGCCUAAAGGGUGUUUUAAGACAAUAUUUGCAAUCAAUAGCAAAUUCCAGUUGCAGUUUUCAAUUGUAUUUUUACAACUGAUUUUUUUAUUUAUUGAGGAUCAUGACUUUUUAAGAAUUAGGAUUUGGCAUGAAUUGUUUCCCACCGACAAUACUACCUGCACCAUUUCAUAUGCAUGUAUAUUGAUAUGUGCGUUAUGCAAGAUGACAUUAUUUCUAUGAAUAAGGUAUUGGGCUCUAUUUAUUUUAAUGUGUUUUCCUCAUUUUGGGUGUAAUAGGAUUGAUAUUGUAUUCUUUUUAUUUAUUGCAUGGGGUAGAAGUAAAGCAAAUCUAAGUGGAAAAUUGGCAAUAAUUUGUGAAUUCCAUGGAGAAUAAGGAAGAUAACUUACGGGGAGAUGAGCGGGAUUAUAGAUGGCUCAUCAUUAAAGCCCUACUCACACCUUUGCGUUUUAAGCUGCGUUAGCUUAAAACCGCAAUCUGCAGCCUAACACAGCACACUACGAGGCAAAAUAUUUGGUUGCAAUCAAAUUGUUGCCUACAAACUUGUCGGAGCUCAUUCAAAGUUGCAAGUAGUAAAGCGAAGUGAUGAGGUAUAUUAAGCACCCGUCUAAUGCUGCUUUAAGGCCUGAGUAAGCUGCUCGUCGUUGCUCCACUUCCUUGCUCGAGUUUCCUCUUAUUGAUGUUUGGUGCAUUUAGAUGCAUUCAGUUGUGGAUGUUUGAACAAAUUUAUUAGGCAAUUAGGCAAUCCGCAGCUGAAUGCAGGCUAAAAACACAAUGGUGUGAGCCAGGCCUCAUGAUGUAUGACUCAUUCUGACACUAUGCUGAAUGUAUGUACUUAGAUUAUGAUGUCACAAACAAAGCUUUUUAUGAUAACUCAAUGACAUGAAUUAUGAUGUCAUGAGCUAUAGUAUGAUGUUGCAAUGCUAUCAAUAUAAUUUUACAAUGCUAUUAGUAUGAUGUCUCAAUGACAUGGAUCACAAUUUCAUAAUGCUGUUAUUAUAAUGUCACAGUAACGUUAGUGUGAUGUCACAGUGCUGUUAGUGUGAUGUCACAGUGCUGUUAGUGUGAUGUUACAUUGCUAUUAGUGUAAAGUCACAUGAAUGUUAUUGGUAUGAUGUAACAAUGAAGUCAUUGGUUUAGCUGUCAUGAAGCAAGUACAUGCCAGUUCAGAAAUGCUUUUGAUAUACAUGUGUGUUUCACAAUUUUAUUCAUAUUUAUUUAUCUAUUAAAAGGGUUUGCUAGUACUCUUCAUCACAAGUCAUUUGGAUGCAAUUCAGCUUGAACAUUAUAUUUAACACACAUUAACACCUGUAGAUAUCUAGUAUGUGUAUAUAAUUUUUCCUUUUCACACCAUUGGUUGGAUAAACCAUUUUUCAUUCAGUAUUCUGAUGUAUGUGUUUUCAUAAUCAUGCUUGUAUCUGUUAAAUGGCUCCUGUUUUAGGAUUAUGAAAUUGGAUGACAUUCAUGCGCUUUUGAAACUUUGCAGGCAUAUUGCUUGCUGUGGUGAGGUGUUGAAAUGUCCCGAUUGAUAUUUUAUGAAAUACUUAUUGUUUAUAAUUCAUGUUAAGCAAUGCUUGUAAAGCUCUCUAUGUAUAUUCAUAUUUCUCUACACAUGCUCUUUUAUGAAGAGGGCACGUAUGUUAAUUCUUUGUAACAGAAACUUGUAAGCUUUGGGUGUGAAGCUAUAAAUUGUGGAAAGUAUUGUAAAUUGUAUAUGCAGAUGUCAUACUUCCAUUAAUCAAGAGUAUUUGACCAAGUCAAAGCAAAUUUUUUAGAUCAAACUUGACAACAUAUUUUCUCUUCUUGAUGAAUAAUUACAUUAAGUGCUUUUUCCAAAGUGACAUGCCCUAUGCAAAAUGACAAAAACAAAUACAACUCUGGGUAAAAAACUUACAAUGUAACUACACAAAACUAAUCACUAAUCUUCUUGAACACGCUUGUAGGAGGGCACUGUUUAAAUUUAUCAGGUAAUGCAUUCAAAUAUUUUUUGGGUAGUUUUAUAAUGGCAGUUCUAUACAGUAUGCAUGUCCGAUAUGGGGCUUCCCUGAAAUAAUAUGGCUGAUUUUGACUACCUCAUGUCCUCUGUCCUGAACAAGAUACUGUUAAAUCAAACUGAAAAUAGAGAGUGAAUAAAUUCUUUGUGACCCGGGUUUGAUAAAAGCAGAAAUUUACUAUGAAUAAUUAUCUGAAAAAAUAGUUGAGGAUAAAUUCUAGUUGAGAUGUAGAUUUCCAAAUGAGUUUGUACAGAAUACAAUGAAAUUACCAUCCAAGUGUCUGUUUGAAUGAAUAAAAAACAUGAAUAUAUAGUGACAAUUAACCAUGCAAGAAAUUCUGUAAUUGCUGAGAAAUUUACAAAAAUAAGCCUCACAUUUGAGCCAUUUGUCGGGUCUGAAAUGACCAUCCAAGCGUCUGUUUGAAUGAAUAAAAAACAAAUGAAUAUAUAGUGACAAUUAACCAUGCAAGAAAUUUUGUAAUUGCUGAGAAAAUUGCUGAGAAAUGUUAAAAAUAAGCCUGACAUAUGACCCAUUUGUCUGGUCUUUUUCCAAGCAAUAAUAAUACACUGUCCCACCUGUGCUUAUCUACGUUGGCACAUGGCAAUCCUCGGUGUGAUUGUUUUUCAGCCUAGAUUUCAUGAUUGCACAGAUCUACAUGAACAUAUAGUGACAAUUAACCAUGGUUUUACAUAAUUUCUCAUGAAAAUUUCUCAUAAAAUCAGUGUUUACUGCAACUACAUCAAUUAUAUGUAUAGAUCAAGAAUGGGACUCUCAAUGUGUAUUCUUUUCUCUUAUAUCAUGUAAACUUUGCAAAUUUAUAAAGGAUUUUGAAUCCAUUUUACCAGGAGGAAUGCAAUAGAAAUACAAAGUUCAAACCAGAAGGUCAUGUAUUACAACCAUGUUUACCUCAAUUGUUUAUGAUUUGACUUGUUGCUUUUUCUUUUUAUAUUCAAACUUGUGUGUUUUAAUUUUCACAGCAAUGUGGGUUGGCAGAUUAUUUUCUUCAGUAUUAUACAUGUAUUUUAUAUAUUGGUGGUAUGCUGUACCUAGUCUACUGUGCAAACCCUUCACUUGAGUUAAAGGGUCUGAAUGCGCAGCCUACAAUAACGUGUGUACAGAAAACCUCUUGCUCAAGAUUUAUAUGUGUUAGUCUUGUGUGAUGACCCACCAGUUGAUCAAGGUUUCAAUCAGGGUCUGUGCCCGCAGACUGUAUUUUGCCUACCGUAAAUGUAAACCGGAUGAGUAUUCACUAUAUGAAGGUUUAAAUCAGGGUCUAUGCCUGCAGACUAUGCUGUAUCUAUAGUCUGUGGAGUGUUCACUGUACAAUAAUCAAGGUUUAAAUAAGGGUCUGUGCUUGCAGACAAUGCUGUACCUAAUGUAAAUGUUAACCUGUUGAGUAUAUACACUGUACAAUGAAGCAGGAGGAUGACCAGAAUAAAAAGUGAUCAGAAGAUCAUGGAAGGCUGCAA